GAGUUCUGUCCAUUAAGAGCGAUGAUAAUCCAUCAAAAAGUGGCCUACGUAGGCGGAGAUACUUCGCAAUUGUUUCGGUGUGCAAAAACGUUUAUGAUUCCAAUUUGAAAUUCGCUCAAUUGAGAUUCGCUCUUAUGCGUUACACAGUACAGUAGAAUCAGUGUUGCCAGAAGUGGCCGUAAGCACUUGAUAUAUCAUAUAUCAGCCGGUUUGUGUAAUUUCGUGUGAUUUUUUCAAUAAAAUUUCGAAAAAUAUUUCCUUUUUAACUUCAAUCAAUCAAAUUUUAGCGACCUUUAAUUUUAUUUGCUAAAAUAACAAGAGUUUUUGCUUGCCAUUUACCUGUUCUACAAGUAUUCAAACUCCAAUUGGAUUGAAUGACAUUGAUGCGAAUUCGCCGUAAACAGAAUUCGCUGCGUUCGGGCGCCGUGUGUCAGUAUGUGUUUUCGGUUUUUUAUUUUUAUUUUCUCCCAAAUAUACAUUUUCUAGACAAUUGUCAAAAUCAAUACAAAUUGCUUUAAAACCCAUAGAGAUCGUCAUAAAGGUGUACAGCUCACACAACAUAUCUCGCUCGAAUGAAAGCGACACACAAAAAUGUUUGUGUUUAAAUAGUAUAAACAUUAAUUUAAUAAAACAAAAUUCUAUUUAUUUUCGGUGUCGAGUGCAAGGUUUUCGAUAAAACAAAAAUUGUAUCCAUUUCCAUGGAUAAGUGAUUCAAAAAAAAUAACACGAAAUUGUGGGUGAUGUUAAGUUUGCCGAGUCAUUAAACAAAGGAACCAAAACAAAGUGUGUGCAAAAUCAACAAGCAUCCAUACAUUUCAACUUCUCUCUAUCUCUGUGGGUUUCGUUGGUUUUAUGUAUUUAUUUAUUUUUUCGUGGUAAAAUGUUACGAUUGAAACCAUUUUUAAAGGAGCGAUGAUAAGCGCAAAUGUGCAACAACAGCAGCAGCAAGUGGAUAAUAAAAAGGCCACGAACGCAAAUUACAGUCGGAAAUCGCAAAUCAAUUUAGCACAGUAUACGCAAAGUAGUAAUAAUCGAAAUCUAUUCAGCGACAGCAAUUAUUACAUUGCUGCAAAGGAUUACACAAACGUAGCAACGAUUGAUUUGUCUGAAAAUCAAUUAUUGUUGCCGCAAACGACAAACGCUAUUGCAUCAAAUCACCCAACAUCGGUGCCAUUGUCGAUUACAGCAUCGAAUAUACUCACCGUCGAUUCAGUGUCGUCGACAAACAUUCAUGAACAGAUAUCGGCAUUGUUCCCGAAGUGUCGACCCAAAAACGAUGCGAACUUAAAUAAGACGUCUCUCUACAUUGAGACCAAUAACACAACAACGGCAACGGCAUUAGCUUCAGCUUCUUUAUUGCUUGCAUCAUCACCGUCAAACGGCGACUACAAAAAUCAAAAUAAACUAUUUGGUGAGAGUGAGAGUAGCCCUGACAAUACGCUUAACGAUAACAGUAGAGCUUAUACGCGCAAUAUGAAUAACCAAAACGCAGAUGCAAUGCUUAAUGAUGGCGCAACAACAGAACACAUCCAACAGAAUAAUAUUAGCGGAAUUGGUGAAACGGCUUCAAGAAUAAAUCACGCUGGCUAUGCAACACGAUCGUAUCAACAUAAUAGCAAUAGUAACUAUCAACGCAAUGCGAAUAGUCAACACCAAAGCAACGAUUACCUUGGUGGUUUCGAAAGUUCCAAUCAAAUGUCGAAAAUGCAUCAGAAAUGGGAAAAUUCUUCGAAUGACCCGCGAAAAUGGGCAGCAGACAAUGAAGAUUUUAUGCGUGACGGAAAUAUUUGGGAGAAACGUAGACGUACUCCAAACACAACUCCCGCCAGCACCGUAUUAAAUUCGCCCGAUUUCAAUGAAAUGCAUCAUUACUCGCACAAUGCGGUGCAGCAUCAGAUAAAAGUUGGUCGUAGCCCAGUGAAUCAGCAUGAUCACAACAAAGAUAUGAAUAAUACUAGUCCCGUGUCGCCAAUCCAACCACCGCAUCAACGGUCCACCAAACGACCAGCGACACUCGUUUCGGAUGGUGAAAUUGUUGUCUUUGAUGACAUUGACAAUUGGCGAAAUCAAAACGAGAAACACUUUAUCACAAAAAGCAAAGCGUCACAUCAACAGAACCAUGCGAAUAGCAAAUCUCAAUCCAGCCAUCGAUUCAACCAUAUGCUAUUCGAUGAUGAUGACGACGAUGAACGCGAAAGUAACACAAACUCCUUUAGCACCGAGAAUGUGACAAAAAUGAUUGGCAUUCUGCCGAUUGCAGAGUACGAAGGUUCGCCGCGACGCUUCGGGCUCUAUCAGCAAGAUCUACCUCUUCAUCAAUAUCAAUACACGUCGUCGACCACGAAUCAACAGCACUUUGACCGCCCACCAAGCUCACGAAAAAUGCUCACAUCACCAACAUUAUUUCCACCUCGACCCGGUUUUCCGAAGCGCAUUACAACGUCACCAUCGAAUGGGAGCAUCAACGGAACUGUAGCUGAUGAAGUCAAUAAGAGCAACAACGCGGCAACGGGUUUUGAAUACCAGAAUAAUGCAUUGAAUAAACGAUCACCAUCGGUAUCACCAACCAUCCAAGAAAUCACAUCAUCGCCAAUCAUUCCAAAUAAACCGGUCACAUCAACACAGUGUGAUAGUAGUUCACCCUCGAACUCACAAGCAGUGCCUAUUUCAUCGUCGCCGAAUUCGCAAUCAUCGCCCUUGAAAAACGAGAGUAGCGUCAGCGAACAUAACGCAAAAACUUCACCGAAAUAUACGGAUCGAAUCAAUUUGUUGGGUAACCAUAAUAGUAACAGUAGCAACUAUUUGCCAUCUACAACGCUUUCAAACAAUGCUAAUCGUUCGUCAUUCACUACUACAGCUCCGAACACCACCACAUUUGAUUAUUUGUAUGAAUUUUCGGAAACACGUAAAGUGCUCGAGGAUUUCUUCAAGUGUCCAACAAAUGAGGAGGAGAAGAAAAUUGCCGACUGCUUCAAUGAAAGUGACACCGGAAGUCUGGAAAAUUUGAACGAAAUCGAUGAGAAAAAUACGGAUUCCAAUUAUAUUGGGCAGCGUUUAGCCAAAGUACCAACGGCAAACAAUAAAGAUUAUAACAAUACGUCCGUGUAUCAUUCGCCGAAAUCGCGAUACGCAAACAAUUACUCGAAUCAACAAUCCGACGAAUAUGAGCAUAAUGAUGUUGAAUUGUAUUUGGAUUCGAAUAGCCGGAGCAGUGGCGAAUUGGCCGACACGGAAUUGGAAAUGAAUCAGCAACGGCGUUAUUCGCGGCAUUUCACGUUGUCGCCCGAAACAACGGACUACGAUUCAAAUUGUGGUGAUUUAGAUAGUUUAUCGAAUGAUUUGAAUGGAUGCAUUGGCAUGAACAGUUAUUGCCUAUCCGGUACGGGUUUGAAUAGUUCCAAUGCGAUUAUACCCGACUAUUCGCGGCUAUACACAAGUAUGCCAGUUCUAGAGGACGGUUUAUCGAGUGGCCAUGCAUCCGAUACGGAGAAUAACAAUCCAGUUCCAUAUUCGUUGAAUAGUGUGUCGGCAGCGGUAGCUAUAGCAGCCGCAGCAUCUGUGACGACGACGACGACGACCACUAACAAUACAAACAAUACGUCGGCACAAAUCAACAAUAUCUUUGAUAACAAGUACAUUGCCAGCAAUAUGAAUAGCAUGGGAAAAAUGCUCAAUCCAACUCCAGUUAACUCGGUUGCAAAUAACAUAAGCAAUGCUAACCAGUCAAAUAGCAUCAAUUUGGUGGAUGUGUUAAGUCCAACGGCAGCAAUUGAAAUGCCACUUGACAAAGGAUCGGACGUUCCAAUGCCCAUUGACGGUUUUGCAAUGGGUACAAUUGGAUUACAUAGCAACCAAAAACAAUCACAACAACAGCAGCAGCAGCAGCAGCAGCAACAACAACAAACGCAGCAACAGCAACCCAAAGAGGAAAAACAUGUGGAUAGUAAAAGCUAUUUGGACUCGGAUAUUACGUCCAUUUUUUCCAAUCCACCAUUGGCACAGAUGAGCACCGCACAUAACAAUGCGAAUCUGGCAUCGUAUCACGAAGAUCAUAUUGAAAUCGUUCACUCAACAUUAAAGGAUAUUCGCAGUUCAACGCAACAUUCAAAAACUCUUCAGCCGCCUGUGAGCCAGCAGCAACAACAACAACAACAACAACAACAGCAGCCACAUGAAGAGGAUAAGAAGUCAUUGAAAAAUGACAAGAGCUCACCAAUUUGGCUGCCUCGCCAUCAUCAUAAUCAACACAAUCAGUCACGUGAAAGUCUUAACUCCGAUCACAACCCAUCAAAACCGUUGAGUGUUGAUGACGAAGAAGCCGACACCGAUUUGGAAACGGAUCGUUUGCUCGGUCAACAACGUUUAGAUGAUCAUGGUUUUUAUGAUGAAAAGUCAUCGUCCAAUUGGUGCGAUCGUCCAUCGCGAUUGAUUAAGUCUCCGUCGGCAUCACUCUCAUCGAAAACAAUACAACAGCAACAACAUCACGCACAAACAUUUUCAUCUGCUUCAAUUCGACAAGGCAUUGGAACAUCAACGGCAAGCGGUGUGUCUGCAGCAUGUGCAAAUAAUUCAUCAAAUUCAUCGUCAUCGCCACCGAAUCAACAGUCAUCAAAUCAGCAUUUACCAAAGAAUCCGAGCGCUAGCAAUCAAAAUGAAAAUAAGGAUAGCUUAACGUCACCAACCAAAUCAUCACAUCUGUCGAAAAUACAAAAAAGCCCAUCCGAUUCACAGAGUUCAAAAAAUGAAACGGAAAAAAUUCGCUCCGGAAAAUCACGCAAUAAAGAAGGCCGUUAUUGGGAACCAGCAGUUUUGAUUGAAGGCGUUUUAUUCCGAGCCCGAUACUUGGGAUCCACGCAACUAGUUUGCGAAGGUCAACCAACCAAAUCCACUCGCAUGAUGCAAGCUGAAGAGGCGGUUUCACGUAUUAAGGCACCGGAAGGUGAAUCACAGCCGAGCACCGAAGUGGAUCUAUUCAUUUCGACCGAGAAAAUAAUGGUAUUGAAUACGGAUUUGAAAGAGAUCAUGAUGGAUCAUGCGCUGCGUACCAUUUCGUAUAUCGCUGAUAUUGGUGAUUUGGUGGUGUUGAUGGCACGGCGUCGUUUCGUUCCAUCCGAUUCGGAUGAUGGGCCGAAAUUGAAUCGCACCCCGAAAAUGAUAUGUCAUGUGUUCGAAAGUGACGAGGCUCAAUUUAUUGCUCAAUCAAUCGGACAGGCAUUCCAAGUAGCCUAUAUGGAAUUUUUGAAAGCAAACGGAAUUGAAGACCAUAGCUUUGUUAAGGAGAUGGACUAUCAGGAGGUGCUCAAUAGUCAAGAGAUUUUCGGCGAUGAAUUAGAAAUAUUCGCCAAGAAGGAACUUCAAAAGGAAGUCGUUGUACCAAAGACAAAAGGCGAAAUCCUUGGCAUGGUCAUUGUUGAGUCUGGAUGGGGUUCGAUGCUACCAACCGUUGUCAUUGCAAAUCUAUUGUCCACUGGCGCCGCUGCUCGGUGCGGCCAAUUGAAUAUUGGCGACCAAAUUAUUGCAAUAAACGGCCUCAGCUUGGUUGGUUUGCCCCUAUCAACAUGCCAAACAUAUAUUCGGAAUACGAAAAAUCAAACCGCCGUGAAAUUUACUGUUGUGCCUUGUCCACCCGUAGUUGAGGUCAAAAUCAAACGGCCGAACACAAAGUACCAACUCGGAUUUAGUGUUCAGAAUGGUGUAAUUUGCAGCUUGCUACGCGGUGGGAUUGCAGAGCGUGGUGGAGUUCGUGUUGGUCAUCGCAUCAUAGAAAUAAAUAAUCAAAGUGUUGUAGCUGUUCCACAUGAGAAAAUCGUUAAUCUACUGGCCACAUCUGUUGGGGAGAUUCUGAUGAAGACGAUGCCGACAUCAAUGUUCCGACUGUUGACUGGCCAGGAGAAUCCCGUUUAUAUCUAAAUUUCACCUUUAAACUCUGCAUCCAUGAAAAAAUGCGCAACUUACUUAUAAAUGCUCUGAAAAAGAAGAAGAACGCAAUCCGAUUGCAUCGAAAACAAUGUUCAUAUUAUAAUUUAUAAUCUUUUUUAUCUUUUUUUAAUGCGAUUUGUUCACUUGUUGCAACUUAUUAUUUGUUUUUUAUAUUUUGAAAGAUGUUUUUUCUUCUUGUUUCAUUUGAUUUAUUAGUCACUAUUAAAAUCAAUUAUUUACCAAA